ACAAUCGGGUUCGGAAUUCCGAAUUUGAUUGGUCAUAUGAUGGACUGCUGACUGACGCGACGCGAACUACAAAAAAAAAACAACUUGAACAAGGGAAGAGUUUUGAAUUGACAUUUUGAAACUGGAAGUGAUAUGUAAACUUGAAUGGAUAAGAUUGAUGUGUCUGUGAGAAAUCCAAUCACCCACAAUACCUGGGAGAAAGGAAGAUUCACCAGUUAUGAAAUUGCCAUACAGACCGAUCUGAAGUCAUUUUGUCUGCAGUGUUCUGUUAGUAGACGGCGCUUCAAGGAGUUUGAAUGGAUACAUAGGUGUUUAAAAAACCAUCACCCUCUAGAAAAUCCCCCGACACUGCCUCCAAAGAAGUUUUUUGGGGAACGCUUUGAUCCCUCGUUUAUUGCAUUCCGAAUGAAAAGUCUAGAGGAGUAUCUAAAACAACUACUGCAGCAUGGCCUGUAUCUCUCGGAUGUGGCUCUUCACUUGUUUCUCCAAAGUAACCUGACAACGGCAGAAAUUGACAAGUUCCUCAAAGGAGAUAUAUCUUCUGAGGCUAUAGAGGAGCUGUGGAAAUCUAAAGGAAAUAAAUCCAAGUGCAGGUGCUUUGGUGAAGUUGAUAAUUCUAGUCAGAGCAGUGGUGAUUUGGAAGUUCCGUACUUGAAUGAUGACGAUUCUGUCAGUGACAGCGAAUCAAAAUCUAAUGAGAGUGACAUUGACACAUCGGUUUCUGAUGCUGAAUACCCAUCUGUGACCUUAGUUUUGUCGGAUUCUUCAAGGUCAUCACCCAUGGAUAAAUUACGCAAUAAGACACCACUGCAGUUUUCCAUAACAGCUUCCGAGAACUCUGAUUCUGUUAACUUGAACAGAACAGAUUCUGUGGAUGCUUCCCACAGUAUAAAUGGAGAACUUGAAAAAUUGUAAUAAUAAAUCAUUGCAUCAUUUUAUAUUCACAACCACUACACUUCCUUGAUUUCUUCAUCUCAAUAAUGAUAUGAGGCAGGACGUUGUGACAGAGGUGGCUUUUUGUCAUUGUUUAUAUAUUUUACAAAGUUAAUGUUGAUCGUUUUAAGGCUUGUAAGGAAUUAUACAUGUAUUUAUGUUGUAGACCUGAAUUCUUAAUUUUACUGCUGCUUUUUUUUUCGGGUGGGUGGGUGGGGGUGUUGAAGUUAAUUACAAGAGUAUACUGUGUUAAUCCUAGUCAACUUGAUUAUUAAAUCUGAAUUGGAAAGGUGAUUUCCAUAUACCAUACUUUUGACAUUUUUGUCAGGAUUGAAAUAAUGUAUGUGCACGUAUAAUACUCACUGGUCCGAGUUGCUGAUCAGAUGACUUCCUGCUAUGCAUUUCUUAACCAUUUGAUAUUAAUAUUAUGAUUGGAAUUUUGCAUCUUUAAGGGGUUGUAAAUAUGUUGAGAGUUCAGGCUUCAGCCCCCCCCCCCCCCCCCCCCCCCCCCCCCCCCCCCCCCCCCGGACAAACAGACAAACUUAGGCUUUUGAUAAAAUCCUUAAAUUACUGUGUGAGUGCAUACUUACAAAGAACAUUGGAGAAGUCCUAUAGUAAAGUUGAUUGAUUUUAAUCCUCUGCAGGAUAUAUAAUUAUAGGCUGUUUUAUUGAUGUUAAAAAUCAGGAAUGUUCACAUUCUUGAAAUAUGGCAGAGAUCUGCAUCAAUGAUGUGUAAUUUUGAUGAGCAUUCUCCAAAUCAUUAUGACGUUCCUCAGUAAGCAAGGUCUUUGAUGAACCCUUUACAUCAUAAUCAUAGUUGUAGCUUCCUCAGAGAGAUUAUAGAAUUUAUAUAGAAUUGUCAUAAUGGAAAUUACCUCCUGCGAGGUGAAGAAGCUUUGUAAAUAGAUUACAACUAAUAAACCCAAUACCUCGGACUCAAUUUUCCCACCGACAAAAACUCGAGACCUGGGAGGUGGGGUUAUUCUCUAACAAUUUUAAUGAGGUAAUGAUUGUUUUUUUGUAUAUGGUCAUGAUGCUCAUGGUAUUGGAUUGAACCUCAGUCGAAGGUUAAGUUGUUGACACAGUUAGAAUGCUGGAAUUUUUUUUUAGAUGUUCAUUCUUCCAGGUCGUACACAUAAAUUAUGAAGCUGAAUUCUUGUGUGUAGAGUUAAGGCAUCAGGGUAGGGUGUAGACAUCGAGAUCAUUUGUGUGAUUGCAAGUAAUAUUUAUAUAUAGUCAAUAUCAUGAAAAUAUGCUCAUUAAUAUGCAUCAAGGAUGAUUUAACCAUUUAGACCCAUAUUUAUUACAUAAAUCAAAAAGAUAUAAGCUACCUCCACACCUCAAAUACAGGUAAUGACAAAUUCACAACUUCUAAUUGUAGAUUUUUUAAUUUCCUAAUUAUGAAAAUACUGUUUGCAUAAACUCUACUUUAUAUAAAAAGGUUUGACUAUUAAGGUUGUUUGAUCCUCAUUAUUUUCACAUGAUUUUUUAAAUCUUAUAAUUAACAAUUUUUAUCACAGCAAAGGCUUGAAAACCAUGUAAAAUGCCAGGGAGGUUAUUUAUAGAUUUCUUCUUGUUAUUCAGAUGCUUUGCUGUCAACACUGCAUCACACAGAUGUUUGUAUAGUACAACUGUUAAGUUUACAUGACUUGGAAGUCUGGUUGUACAUGCUUCGUUGAGGUAAUCGAGUGUCAAUGUGUUCAGACAAGUUGUACUAGUAUGUGAUAAUCAUUCCUUUAUUGUUUUAAGAAUUUAUAGAAUAUGUUGAAAUAAAUUUCUAGUCAGAAA